GGGGCGGUUAACUGCGGGGCUAUUUCGGGGGCCUACAGCUACCUUCGUACCUGCAACCGGAACCUAGGUAGGUACCUAUGUAGGAGGUUAACAGUAUCGAACAUCCAUAGUGCUUGCCUUGCCUUUUUAAAGAUAUCUUGGGUCGGUAGGUACGUGUAUCAACUUACUUCGUAUGUGGGUACGGGUUAUAGAGAGGCAGGUGCGAGAGUGCACGUUAUCUGUGCGUUUGCGAUGCGCCAUCAUUUUGUGUACUGUGCACCGCAGGGGAAUCUCAAUUUACCAAUUUAUUCUCCACGCCUAAGUUGUAUCAAGCCAACUUAUAUCAAACCAACUUGCUUGUAUCAAGCCAACUUGUAUCAAGCCCAUAAAAGGUACCCUCUGCCUUCAAAGUCUUUUUCCGAGCGAUUUGAAGCUCAGCGGACCUCGACAUGGCUGUCCUCAAGGAUGUUCCGGGUAUCGAAGUCGUCGUGAAAGUUGCCGGCAAUGAUGCUACUGAGUACGAGGAUCCCAACGCGUCGGAACAGGAUAGCACAAACGCGUUUUAUCCCACUUCAACUAAGUAUAUCGAAUGCAUCGAUGGGGCAGAGUUUGCUAUUCAGAUGAGAGUUACUGGAGACUAUCAAUGGAAGGGCCAGAUAAAUGCCCUUAAUUUCUACAUUCGCAUAGACGGUAACUAUGUUACGGGUUCACUCGUGAAGCGGAAGGACAUUGUCAACGGCAUUGCGAUAUUCACUAAAGAAGGUCGGAAGGUGUACAAUACUCAGACCAAGGAAUGGGUUCUGCAAAGGUUUCAAUUCUCUGCCAUUGACGUCGUUGAUGACGCGAAAAAGGAUCGAGUCGAGAACGACAUCAAGAUAGCUAAGCAUCUUGGGCUGAUCCAGGUUGAGGUGCUUCCGUGCAUCUAUUUAGGACGCAGAGGACCGUCCUUCGCAAAGCCUAUCAUAAGCGGGAAGGUAGAGCUUGCAGAAAAGUCACUCAAAGGUAAAGCUAUAUCACACGGAACUUCAUUUUCAUCAUCAAGGGAACGCAUAUCUGCUCCCGGGGGGUGUGAAGUAAAGUUCCUCGACAAACAUCCUAAACCAAUUGCGGUGUUUCGGUUCCAUUAUAGGUCUAGAGAUGCUCUAAAACGCGAGAUGGUUAUUCCUCGAUCCCCAUCGGCAAGCCCAGGGCCGAAGCGAGAAGUCGCUCGAAUGUCGCGGGCUGAACUGGAACGGUUAGCUGGAGAGAGACUCGGCCAGCUGCAGGGAGAUGGUAACAUUAAGGAAGAGCGCAAGCCUAAUUUUAAACGGGAAUUCAAAGAAGUUAUCGACUUGAGCGACGAGACCGAGCGGCCCGUAAAGUCCUCUCGAAUCGCGGUGGAGAUACCAGAGGAAGUCAUUGACCUGACGGAUGAUUAAAGUAUUAAUUAUCUCCGGAUUUUGUCAUCCCGUUGCUCAUUUUCUUUUGAGAGAAGGUCGAAUCAAAGUCAAUCGACCGGAGUUCGGGUUAUGAAAGUAAUAGGUUUAAGAGGGGCAGUUAGGUCUGCUAGAUUGUAAUAAAAUGACAGAAAAUCAUUCUCACUAUGACAAGCCGCGCAAUUGAAGGAGACGUAUCGAAGACGCCUGCC